UACACCUACACCUAUACCCUGACGAUUUGGAGGCUCUUGGUGUUGCUGCCCUGCGCCGAGCUGGUCAAGAUUUGCGCCCUGGAUGCUUUUCCGCAUUCAGCCAUGGACACAACCGAUGCGACCAACCACUCGCCGUUUGGAUAUCAGUUCCACCCAGUCGAACAACCCGACGAGCAAGACCUCUUCGCCCUCCACUUCCCGCCGUCGCCUAAGCAGAAUGGCUUGCUCGACGAGAACGAGAAGCUUUCCCUACAACAGUUCUUCAAUUUAAACAACCCAGGCCCCGCAUUGGAGGACAGUGGGAAUGGCACACUUGAUAUGAUGCCCGGUGGGAGUGGAUCGGGCACAGGGUUCGCGGAUUCUUUAUGGUUGGAAUACUGUCCGCCCGCGAGCGUGCACCACGUCUCCACCACGAUCGCAGACCAGUCACACCUGACCCAUGGAUUCCACACCGAACAUGCCCUCCCGUUCGAUCACCAAAUCCUCAGCGCCGACCCCUUCACGACCGGCCCGGACGAGUUCCAGGCUGCUUCGACCCUUUACCACAACGCUCAAAAUACCCACGCCAACGCCAACGCCAACGCCAACGCCCAUGGCCAUACACAUCCUUCUCACGCCAACACAAAUGCCCGAGCCUACAGCAUGCCAGACCUGCAGCGGGGGCUCGCCCUUUCCAACCUUGGAGUCUCCCCCACCGUCAAUGGCAACUCCCAUGCCUACAACAAUGCUCCAGCAUAUGGCAACAUUCCCCUGGUCAAUACCCACCACGGACCUAUUGACGAGCAACUGGCGGCGCUAUUACCAAAUCAUUCAGAGCAAGGCACGGUAGAUGCGAUCGUGGCAUCUCAAUUCAGCCAGGCACGCCGCCGUCAAGGAUCACAUUUCGGAGAACCGUUGCCCGCGGUACGGAGAGAGUCACUAAAGCGCACCUACACCUACGGCACAGACAGCGCCUUCAACGAGACUGGAUACAUAGCACCUGAGGCGGGUUUGGAGGAAGCCGUGCACGAGCGAUUGGAAAACGACUUGCGAAUGGCACGACCCCUGAUCGACGAGAUCGCUGGAAAGUCAAACGGCAGCGAUAUCAAGUCUGGAAGUGGCGAGGACGGUUCCGAGAACGGCGACGGAUCAAACGGACACAAGAGAAGGAGAAUAGCCCAGGACGGCGAGGAGGAUUCCAAACCAGCAACGGGCCGCAACGGCUCCACCGGCGGACGAGCUACGAAAGCCACAAAAGGGGACGGCGGAAGGAAGAAGAAGCGCGUCAAGGGCCAGCGCGAGAACCUCUCCGAAGAGCAGAAACGCAACAACCACAUCCUCUCCGAGCAGAAGCGCAGAGACAUCAUCAAGCGCGGCUUCAAGGACCUCGAAUUCAUGGUCCCCGAAUGCCGCCGGAACAAGGGCGCCAUGAGCAAGAGCACCGUCCUCAUGGCAUCCGCAGAGUGGCUCAAGAAUCUCAUCGACGGCAACCGCGAGAUCGAACUACGCAUCAAGGCGAUGGCGGGUGACCCCUUACCAACAUGAGCACCACAGAAUCCCGCAGGCUCACACCUUGCACUUCACAACCACAACAAUCACACCCGUCCAUCGGUCUGCAUCAAAGUCACAACUAUCUGACCUGUCAGCCCCCUAAGCCGCAGGACUCCGGACAGCAUCACCUGGCACGACACCACGCCACGCCGUCCAGCACUGACUUGCAUGG